CGCCAACUUCCUCGUCCCUCUGAUCUGUACUGUCGAUAAAUCUCCCUCGCCUUAUUCUCUGCGCACACCGGAGUCUCCUUCCUAUCCAGUACUACCUAUAUGUCUCGUCACUCUCCACAUCCUGAAGCCUCUGGUGCGAAUCUACAUUCUACUGGCACCGGAGAAAUCACAUCCUUACCGAGUACGCUACAACGGCCCGAGGUUUCUCGAUGGGUCACCUACGUGCGCUCGAACCCGCUUCAGUCGAAAUUUCCUCCGAACCCCGAUUUCCUCAACGACAAGACGUACUCGAAACACCGGUACCGUAGUCCCAUCCCGAUUGAACCGUAUACAGCUAGCACCUCAAACACGAAUGGCACCCACGUUCCGGAAUCUGUUAAAUCCCUCCCUUGGACCUACGACCAGCGACAUCCUCAAGCGAUUGUUUCGACGACUCGCCAGGAGGAAGCGUUGCCUAUAGCGCAUACCGAUCGCGUAGAACAACGCCCUGUUCAAUCGCUGCAGCCACCCUCUCAUGACUCCCCUCCACCUGCGUUGCGUGAUGACUUCACAGCGACCAGACCAGCCAACAACGACGCAGACUCUCUGGAAGUGAUCGAGUAUGAACCAGUCUCGAAACCCACGGUCAUCAAGCGGAACACUUAUAUAACGAAGAAUUCCUAUCAGCUGUGUGUCCUGGACGAAGUUUUCGCACGUGAGAAAUACCCGACCACGGAGGAGAAGAGUGCGAUUGCAAAGGAGUUGGACCUACCGCUACGCGCGGUGCAUCAAUGGUUCCAUACUCGCCGUCGACGUUCUGGUGAGGCAGAGUCACGCGGUCGGUGUGGCGGAGAGGUCGGAUUCGGUUCGCAAUAUUAUCCACUGGAGGGAUGCUUGGUGGUCUGGCUCGUGGCGAUUUUGUCUUGA